AAAGAAAGACAGACUCCUUUAAUCAGCCAUGAAGAAGCUCUACAAGUGCCUGUGGAUCUUACUAGGGUUUUUAUUGAAUGAGGAAAUGGCACGUGGACAAGAAGAGAACGCAGCACUAUGGGGCACACCUAGUGAGUCAUCAACUUAUGCAGGCUCUGAACCUAAAUUGGCUCUUGAUGGAUUGUUAAACAGCUGGAGCCACACUAUUAAAGAGACUGACCCAUGGUGGAGAGUGGAUCUACUGAAAGUAUAUAGAGUGAACAGGGUCACCAUCACUAAUAGACCAGGUCAGGCUACAAGGAUAAACGGAGCGGUGAUCCGUAUCGGGAACUUUCUUGACAUUUAUAGCAAUGACAUAUGUGGUGUGAUUUCUACUCUUGGAGCCGGUGCCACAGUCAACUUCUCAUGCGGUGGGAUGGUGGGACGUUAUAUGGUUGUUCAUAUUUCUGGAAAUCAGAAGAUUCUUAGUAUUGCUGAAGCUGGAGUCUAUGGGAAUUUGGCAGGAAAUCGGGCAGUAGGAGGAGCAACUAUGCAGUCGUCAACAUCUGCAGACUGGUUUUCUGAAAAGGCCACUGAUGGUAAUCGAGGUCUCCAGCAGUUGAAUACGGGAUGUUCCUCAACACUUAAUGAGACUAACCCGUGGUGGAGGCUGGAUCUGCAUGAUGUCUACAGAGUUAGUGAAGUGGUCAUCACUAAUAGAAAAAACUGUUGUGCAGAAUGGAUAAACGGAGCAGAGAUUCACAUCGGAAACUCUUUGGAGAACAAUGGUACCAGCAAUCCCAUAUGUGCUGUUAUUCCUGAUAUUCCAGCAGGAAAGUCCAACAACUACUCGUGUAAUAGAUUGGAGGGACGUUAUGUGAUUAUUCAUAUUCCUGGAGACUGGAAGAUUCUUACUCUUUGUGAGGUUGAAGUCUACGGCUAUUUGGCAGAUGAAGGUUAA